AUGAAACAACCUGAAGGAUACUCUUCUAGUGGUGAUGAGCGUUUGGUAUGCAAGCUUAAGAAAUCCACAUAUGGACUCAAACAAGCUUCCCUUCUGUG